CACCACAAGCACGACACAGUUUAUAAGCGAGGAGGUCAAGCAUGCUGCAUUUCAGCCUCUCCCUCUGGUAUGGAAAGUACAAAAGCUAAAUAGAAGGAAGAGAGAUCGAUAUCUCUAAAGACCUUGGAAAAAUUUCCAAGAAUGGCGUUGAAAGUUCUUUCAGCCCUUGACACUGCAACAACUCAGUUAUACCACUUCAAGGCCAUCGUCAUAGCCGGUAUGGGCCUCUUCACCGAUGCCUACGACCUCUUCUGUAUUCCUCUGAUCAUGGCACUCAUCGCACGUGUAUACUAUGGAAACAUUGAAAAGGAACACGACUCCGUGAAGUACUACUACAAGGCCGUCCCACCCAUCGUCACUUCAAUUAUGCUGGUAAUCGCUCUUUUGGGCACUGCCAUCGGUCAACUCGUGUUCGGUUGGCUUGGCGACCGACUUGGAAGGCGCCGCGUGUACGGGACCGCAUUGAUGAUCAUGGUGCUCAGCUCCAUAGGAUGUGGGUUUUCAAUAUGUACAACGAGGAACUGUGUUUUGAUCAGUCUCGGGUUGUUCAGAUUCUUUUUGGGACUGGGGAUUGGUGGAGACUAUCCCUUGUCGGCUACCAUCAUGUCGGAGUUUGCUAACAAGAGGACACGUGGAACACUCCUGGCCGCAGUUUUCACCAUGCAGGGCUUUGGGAUUUUGUCUGCUUCCACGGUCACGAUGGUGGUAUGCAAGAUAUUUGAUGCUACAUCGGACAUAUCGACGACAGAUCCGACGCCCCAAAAGGCUGAUAUUGCAUGGAGGUUGAUAUUGAUGUUGGGGGCAAUUCCAGCUGCGUUAACGUUCUAUUGGCGUAUGAUGAUGCCGGAAACUGCAAGAUAUACAGCUUUGGUGGAGCAAAAUGUGGUCCAAGCGGCUAAGGACAUGGAGAAAGUGUUGGAAAUUUCAAUGAGUCAGAUUGCGGAAGAGAACCCACUGCCACUAAGUGAACCACCCUAUCCCCUCUUCUCCAAGCAAUUCUUUCGUCACCAUGGUCGUGAUUUGUUCGCUUGUUCCUGCUCAUGGUUUCUUGUCGACAUUGUCUUUUACAGCAUCAAUCUCUUCCAACCUCAGAUAUACGGAAAUCUACCGUAUACAGACAAAAAUGCCUAUCAAGAAGCUUUUGAACUAGCAAAACUCCAAGCAAUUAUCACAGCCUGCUCCACAAUUCCAGGCUACUGGUUCACCGUCUAUUUCAUUGAUCGUGUUGGUAGAGUCAGAAUCCAAACAAUGGGUUUUCUCUUCAUGGCAGCGGUUUCUUUGGCAAUUGGGAUACCCUAUAAGCUACAUUGGCAAGAUCAUCACACAGGUGCUGGUUUCAAGGUCCUCUAUGGCCUUAUCUUUUUCUUCUCAAAUUUCGGACCAAACACCACCACCUUUAUAGUGCCCGCGGAGCUUUUUCCAGCAAGAUUUAGAUCAACUUGUCAUGGCAUUUCUGGGGCUGCUGGCAAGAUCAUUUCUGGGGUGGGGGCAAUUAUUGGUUCCGUUGGAUUUUCCUUGGCUUUACAUACUCAUGAAAAGGAGAAUGGUGAUCCCAACCCAAUUGGAAUGACUGUCACAUGGGUAAUACUUGCCGGAGUUUGUGUUUUGGGAGCGGUGGUGACAUUUUUGCUCACGCCUGAAACUAUGGGAAGAUCAUUAGAGGAGAAUGAGAAUGAUCAUGAUGAACCCAAAGAGCUGUGUUUGCGCAGAAGACUUACAGCUACUACUAGUGUGCGGUCACUCGAUCCGUCGCCCAAUUAACCAUGAAGCUGCUGUGGCCUAGAGAGCCGUCUUUCUGUGUCUCUAAUAUUUACGUGGGUGUGUGUUUUAUUUGAUCACAAGCAUCAUGCUUAAUUAGACUAUCACUAUAAAUUGUAUGUCAUAUGUAAUAUUAUUUCAGAAAAAUCUUUGCAACACAUUUGCGAUGUUGUCAUUAGUUUUUAAAAUAUCUGUUCUGUU